UCCUCUAACGCUAAACUUGCUGCUCCAUUGUUCUAUAAUAUUCCUCCUCCCAUAUUUUCAUUUCAUUCGCUUUCAUCCCAACUUGUUACCUCCGUUGUCUUUGCCCAAUCCUUGUUUACGUAGAACAGCGAAAAAAUUGCAAAAAAAAGACAAUGUCGCUCUCUGUUCUUGAAAAUGCAAAGAAGUUAUGGGCCACAUGGAACAUUAGAGGAUUCGUCAUUGUAAGCCUCUCAGUGCAGGUCUUCUUAAUUCUGUUUGCGCCAUUUAGAAAAUGGCGUGGGAGAUGGGGGAAAUGUGUGCACUGGUUGAUCUGGUCGGCAUACUUGCUAGCUGAUUGGGUUGCCGAAUUUUCAAUUGGAUUAAUCGUAAGCAAGCAAAUCGAAAGCCCUGACGAAAGUAGUGAUAUCUACGUCUUCUGGGCACCCUUUCUCCUGUUGCAUCUUGGCUGUCCGGAGGCUAUCACUUCCUUUGCUCUCGAAGACAACGAGUUUUGGGUUAGGCACUUGCUUGCACUCGCAUUACAGGUUGGUUCUACUGUCUAUGUCUUUGUUAGGUCCCUUCCAGAGAACAAGCUUUGGCUCCCAACCAUAUUAGUGUCAGUGGCAGAAAUAAUCAAAUAUGCUGAACGUAACCGUGCAUUUUAUCUUGCACGCUUUGACCAUUUUGGAGAUGAUUGGGUGCCUAGCGAGUGCGAAGAUGAACUUCCAGUUCCAGUAGAAUUUCAAAAGAUGGACAAGGACACUUUCGGAGACCAAUCGAAGUCAAUUUUAUGGACUGCGGUUCAUCACUUUGGCACUAUCAAGAUGAUGCUUGUAGGCCUUCUUUUACCUCGAGAUCAUUCCACUGAGAUCAGAGAAGCAUUUCUCCAAGAAACUGAUCCAUCGAAGGUGUUGCAAAUAUUCGAAAUUGAACUAAGCCUCUUGUAUGAGGUUCUCCAUACGAAGUUGCCUGUGGUUGGUUGCAGGAUUGGAUACAUUUUCAGGUCCAUUAAUCUGUGCUGCAUCUUGGGAGCCUUGUUGUCAUUCUUACUAUUUAAGAAGUAUUAUAAGUUGGAGCAGUUUGACGUCUGGCUAACCUAUGGCUUGUUAAUCGGGGCGUUGGUGUUGGAUUUCAUGUCGAUCAUAUUGCUCAUUUUCUCUGAUUGGAUUUUGGUUGCUCACAUGCAAAGUACAAAACCGAGAUGGCUCAAGGAGUGCAGAAUGUUAGAGGAGUCUUCCAACGUCCAGGAGGCAAGGGAUGUCUGGUUAUACAGUCGUAAAUUAGUUCUUGAUAGCUUUGUCGUCAAUUAUGAUCUGACCGAUAUCAAAGAGUUAUAUUACACGAAAAGUGUUCUAACGUGGCAUAUAGCCACUGAACUAUGCUUCCUAGGAGUGGACCAAACGUCUUCCUCUGGGAUUGAAGAAGAAGGAGGACAAGGGCCUCUGUCUGGGAUAGAGAGCGAGAACCACAAGGAGUUGUGCAAGCUGCUUUCAGAUUAUAUGUUUAACCUUUUGGUGAUGCAGCCAACUAUGAUGGCAGGUGUGUCAGCGACUUGGAAAAUAGUGUUUGAAAAAACAUUGACAGAGGCCAGGUUAUUGUUAGAUAGUAGUUUAAUCUCAAAUGAAAAGGAGGCUAGAAAAAAAAUCCAAGAAUUGAUCCCAUGCCCUGGGAAGCAAGAGAGCGAUCUAAAUAAUUCGGUGUUAAUUACUGCUGCUAAGCUUGCUAGAGAGCUAAAGAAGUCCAACAGUAUUCCAUGGGAGUCAAUGAGCAAAGUUUGGGUACAAUUAAUGUGCAUUGCCGCUAUGAGUUGCAAGCCAACUGUUCAUGCUCAGCAACCUAGUAAGGGUGGAGAACUUCUCACAUUCGUUUGGCUGUUAAUGAGUCAUUUGGGAUUCGGGACUUACUUUUCAAGCCGUUACUAAGAUCAGUAACUUUGAAACCUUUCAACAAAGUUUGAUAUUUCUGUAUAUGUUUUGUCUUUCUCUGUUAUGUUUCUUUGAAUAUGUGAUGAGUACUCUGUGGCUCAUGCAUGGUCUUAUGUUAUCAUUGUAUGUGUCACGCCUCAAAACCCGAAUUCGAGGCGCGACAGACGCCGUGCA